AGAGCGUGUGGCGAUGAGUAUUCCCCCAGACCUGAUUCGAAUGUCAAACCUAUGCCUAGUGCUUGGGAGCAUUUGGAAAUUGUCUUCGUUUUAAUGCGCGGGAAGGGAAAGGGUUGUCAAAUGCAACGCUCUUUGCAUCCUUGGCUAGGCACUGAAGACAGUUGCAUGUCUCCAAUCGUUUCGACUUUCGUUGAAGCACUGUCUUCCGCUGCUCCUGUACCGAAGAUCCAUUUGGGGACAUCAACCAACCACUGAAACGGUAACCUGCUGCUAAGACUGAUCUCAACCUCUCAAACGGCUUCUGCAUCAACGCUCUACCGACCAUGAAGCGGGCCGGCAACUCAGGACGUGGACGUGGUGGCGGCAAACGGCGUCCGAACGUCGGUGCUGCCCAGGCUGGGACGUCGCACACCACCCAGCUGGUUGCGCUGAGUGUGAACUUCAAGGACCAUGCGGGGACUGACGAGCAGAAAGUGGGGCUGGUGCGGCGGGCCGCGCCUGGCGUCCAGAAGCUGGAGCUGGUCAAGGUGUCGCUGGCCGCGCUGAGCAGCGUCGCCCAGCUUGAGAUGCCCAGGCUGGUGCACUUGGACGUGCUGCUGGAGAAGCAGGAGGACAAGCAGGACAAGUCUCCGGAUGGCGCUCCCGCCAGUGCGGCCGCUUCUUCAACAGAGGCCGCUUCUUCAACUGAGGCCGCUGCUGCCACCGAGUCCGCUGCUGCCCCGCCACUGGCGUGGUGGCCGGACCGCGGCGCCGCGGGCAGCACACUCGUGGACCUGCGCUUCAAAGUGGACGACACGACCUUGGCCAUGUACUCCAAGUCCCACCUGGAGAGCGCCGCCCCCAUCACGAGCCUGCUGGCCGCGCACCGCCACACCCUGCGCGCCGUGACGCUGGACAACAUCGACAAGCGGCACGACGACCUGGUUCGCGAGGCGCUGUCACAGUGCGAGGCGCUGCAGGAGGCCGAGCUGCCCUGCAACUACGUGAGCCACAUCCCGUUGGAGCUGCCCGCCAACGUGGACAUGUCCAAGGUGCCGGCCGUGGGCCCCGCGCUGCCCGCCUCGCUGCGCCGCCUGACGCUGCACAUGCGCUGCGGCCUCAUGUUCUGCUUGGAGCGAAUCCCCGCCGGCGUCGAGGACCUGCUCGUCCAGAGCUUCGCCAUCGACGGCAGCCCCCUGCUGCCCGAGCUCGCCAAGCUGCGCGCCCGCCUGCCGCGCCUGCGCUCUCUGCAGCUGGAGGUUGGCUGGGGCAGCAAGCGAGAGUCGGUGCAGGCGAGGAAGAUGCUGGCCUCCCAGAUGCCCGGCGUGAAGGUGACCGUCCGCUGGAUGCUGGAGCAGUGUGGCGUCUCAUAAGACUCCGCCGCGUGGAUCGAUCAGCUUUCACUCCAUGCUCAGAUCUUAAACAUGCAUGUUUCACUUUUUUUUAAUCUGCCCGUUCGACGCAUUUCAAAUAUUUUUCAUUUCGUUUGCGCAACAGCCGUUGCUGUUUUUUUUUUUUAAUCCUGUGUUGUAUUUUUAAUCACAUUCUAAAUAUUGUAUGUUCGUGAGAAUCAAAAACAAUGAAGACCUUGAAAACUGAUUAGUUUUCGGGGGUAAUCUGUCGUCCCAGUUAGCGUCUUGAUCUGCUUGUUUGCUCUGUAAAUCCCCUUAUUCUAUCAUGGAGUCUAUGUAUAGUGGAACUCCCUUCUUCUAAAGCAGUCAUUUACGACAAGUUGCUUCAGCAUAGUCACUAACUGCCAUUUAUAUUUGUUGCUCGCUAAUUGUGACAAUUUCUUUUGAUUUUCUGAAUUAAACUUUUGUGCUCAGCAAUCUU